GACUUACCUUACCAGUGUGUUCUACUUCAUCCCUCACUCAUCGCUGAUCCCCGGCGACGGCCGAACGUUACCAGGGCUGCUGAGGGAUGGAGAGUCGUCGGAGCCGAAAGCCGGGAUCUUCAAGUUGGCAAGAGCGAUGUGCAUGGAAGGCACGCCCCAGCCACCACAGACGGGUUCAGGUGGCAACACUCUAUCGCAUGCACAGGUUCUCGCAGUGGCUCAGAGUAUUGCACGUGCUGGCAUGUGAUAGCUUGCUGCCUGGUCCCGAGAAGCCUCAUGCCUGACUCUAUUUCAACUUCACUCUUUUACUCCUUUCCCAACAAUUUCUCCUCGACACCCGAACCCAGCCCUCACUGCCCACCCCACUGUCCC